AUGCCCCCAUUGGAGUGGCAGUUCAAUCCAAACCCAGAAAAAUUCUCAUGUACAGUUUAUACAGGAGAUGGAAAAAUGUACUACUUCUAUCGUCAAGAACAAUUGACUGGGGACUAUUAUUUCUUUAGUUUCUUUAUUCUAUUUGCCACAAACUUGCGACGCAAGCAAAAAGAAAAAACUGAAAAGAAAGAGAAAAAGAAAUCAGUGAGGAAAGUGAGUGCCAAAAGUGAGUUAGGAGAGAAAAGUAAAAACAGAGAAACAUCAUUUACAAUGGCACACCUGUACAACGCUUUAGGCGUUUAUUCUCUCUCCAUUGAAUGUAAGAACAGCAAAGACGUUUGGGCAAUUGGCAAGUCCAAAAUUGUGUUAGAGCCAGGAAAUAAACUUAAUGGGUUGCAGUGUUACAGCCCCAGCCUACUGGACACAAUUCUUAACUGUGCAGUUCGAAAUGGAGACACAUUGUGGGUUCAGACAGAAAAGGAGAAAGGUUUCAAUUUGACCUAUACAAUAUCAAUUGGAAAUACCACUCUUCGCGAAUCGACACUGAUACCAGGAGUUAUUGUUAUAGAUGAGUCUUUGCAAUCCCUUAUUGGACCAGGUCAACAUAGUGUGACUGUUUGUGCAAAAAAUAGCUCCACAGAGAAAUCUCAGAACAUGAUAAUUCACCUUCUUCUCAAGAUCUAUGGUUUGAAGGCUGAGUUAGAGUCACAUGCCCUGAAACUGGGCAACAAUGUCACCAUGAGGGUCUCUGUAUCUCAGGGUUCACCAAUAAGUUUGCAAUUUGAUUUUGUCGAUGCUUACAAUAUUUUGUCUUAUGCAGUGGAGAGUUCUAAUGGAAUCUUCCAGUCUAUACAUUUCCAAUGCAGAAGGAAGGCAAUUGAGGAUACCUUUCAGAAAUUUUCUGGGAUAGCAAUGAAUGCAUCCUCCCUACAGGGAGUAGAGAAUGCAAAUACUUACCUUGAUGCGAUCACCUCACACCCUGACAAACUGUCUGUUACAUCACAGGAAGAAGCAAAUAACAUACUCCUGACCCUGAGUGACAAGUUGCAGAAUCUUCCUCGUGUAAAGCCAAGUGAUGAACUGUGGAAGCUCCAUGGAGCAAAAACUGGUCUUUAUGCAGUUAAUAAUCUUCUAAUUGCUUCCACGGCAACAAAUGAUUUUGAUGUGGAGGAAGAAAAGAUGGUUAAUUUUAGGGAGAGUCCUCGCACAUGGAAUGUGCAAAGGAAUAUCAGUGGACCUUUGAGCAAUUUAUCUUUAUUUUCAGAAGGAUCAGAAUUGAAGAUUAAGGAUUUGUCAGACCCCGUUGAGAUUCUACUACCCAGAUCGAGCUCAACUCAACUUUUCCCAGCUACAUAUACCACUGACAUGAACCUAGUUUUCCAUAAGUUCCGUGUAACUGAUCCAGAUUCAGCCAUUGUGAUCUCUGUAGAAAGCAAGCCAGUUACUUCAAUACUACUGUACUUCAAACAUGCUUCUAAGCCCAAUGAAACACUGUAUGAAUUUGACGAAAGCUUCAUUCCACAGAACACCAACAAUGUUGCAGCCUACAGUUGGGUUAUAACACCUGAAAUGUUAAUGGGCAGGAACGGUACUUAUUAUUUAGCAGCCAAACCCCUCCAACUGUCAAAUGUUUCAGAGGCCAACAUAACUUUCACUAUAAGUACCAUCAGUACUAAAUGCUUAUACUGGGAUGAGAUACAGCAUCAAUGGUCAACACAUGGAUGUAAGGUGGGCCCAAAAUCAAAUCUAAAUAAAAUCCAGUGUCUUUGCAACCAUUUCAGUUUGUUUGCUAUUCCUUUCCUGCUCUUGCCCAAUACGGUGGAUGUCACAGAAACUGUCAAGUUAUUCUCUCAAAUCAAAGACAACUCUGUAGUAGUCUCAUGCCUGGCUGCUGUUUUUGGAGUUUAUAUCAUCCUAGUCGUUUGGGCUCGAAUGAAAGACAGACAGGAUUUAAAGAAGGUGAAGAAAACUGUUCUUGCAGAUAAUGAUCCAUCUGCCAAAUACCAUUACUUGGUAAAAGUCUUCACAGGUCACCGAAGAGGAGCUGGCACUACAUCAAAGGUGGUAUUGACACUAUAUGGUUCAGCAGGCCACAGUGACUCUCAUCAUCUGAGUGACCCAAAGAAACCAGUCUUUCAGCAAGGUUCAGUGGAUGAGUUUCUCCUCGCUACUCCAUUCCUUCUGGGCAAUCUCACCAACAUUAGACUAUGGCACAAUAAUUCAGGAUCCAGCCCAUCCUGGUACUUCAAUCAUGUAAUUGUACAAGUUUCAGAAACAAGGGAGCAAUGGUACUUUUUCUGCAAUUGCUGGUUAGCUGUUGAUGUUGGACAAUGUGUCCUUGACAAAACUUUCCAUCUCGCUUCCGAGGCAGAAAUGACAGAUUUCAGGAAUCUUUUCUUUAUGAAGACAUCUGAAAGUUUCACUGAUCAACAUAUCUGGUUUUCGGUGUUUGCUCGACCUUCAAGGAGCUCCUUCACCAGAGUGCAGCGGGUCUCCUGCUGCUUCUCUCUCCUCUUGUGUACCAUGUUGACCAACAUCAUGUUCUGGGGGACAGCUGAUAAUGGGACUGAACAGGAUGAGCAAUCAGAUGGUGGACAUGGGGCUUUAGUCAGUCAGGAGGACAUCAAAAGGAUUGCUAGUUCUUUGCCUGGAAAAUUGAAAGAUGCAAUGCCAACACUAGAAGAUGAUAUCAGAAAUGCAAAUGACAUAAAUAAGUUACUGGUAUUAAUAGCAAACAUUAUUCAGCACUGUAAUGAACAGCCUGAUACUCAAGAGGUUGCUAUUCCAGAUAACGAAAAUGAUCCUUCAGCUGCCAGUAGUCCUGAUCAACAAAAUGAGGAUAGCAAUUCCAUGGUCAGCAAUCCUGAACAAACUGAAGACAAUAAUUCCAUGUGCAGCGAUCCUGAUAAAGAAACAGAUCAAAUGAUGAAACACUUCUUACACUAUCUCAUGGGGUUUCUGGUGGCGUUGGCAAUUAUUGCUUACGGAGAGUGAAGUCCUCAUUCAUUUUAUUUAAACAAAGCUCUCAAUGAUAGCUUUACCAAGAAGUUCAAUGGAUCUCUGGCUGUUGAUGACUUUUUCAUCUGGGCUGAUGAAAUCUUAUUACCCAACUUAUAUGGGCCAUAUGAAGGAUUUAUCACUGAUGGGAAUUCAAAGCUGCUCGGAAGUCCUCGCAUUCGACAGGUCAGAAUAAAACCUGCUCCUUGCCCUGUGCCAACAAAAUUGGUAGAUAAUAUUAAAGAGUGUCGUGCUCCCUACUCCUAUGGUGAUGAAGAAAUGUCGGACUUUGGAAAUAAAGGGAAUUUUGGUCUGAACACAGAGCCCCUCUUACUAGACUCUGCCUGGCAUUAUCAGAGUGAGUCACAGCUGAAAGUAUAUCCAGUUUGGGGAAAGCUCGCUCUUUACCGAGGAGGCAGAUUUGUUGCUGAGUUGGGAACAGUAAACAAAACUGCAGCAAGAGUUAUUAACUACCUGAAAGAAAACAUUUGGGUUGAUAUGUACACGAGAGCCAUCUUUGUGGAGUUCACAGUCUAUAAGGCAAAUGUAAACCUAUUCUGUGUAGUCACACUGAUGCUGGAGAUGAAUGCUAUAGGUGUCUUCCUUGGUAAUGUGGAAAUGGAAAUUAUCCACCUCUAUCACUAUGUAGACCAGAAUUAUUCUGCAGUUAUUGGGGCACAAUUUGUCCUCAUCAUCAUUGUUAUUUAUUAUAUGGUUAAGCAGGGAAAACUCCCAAAGCAAAAAAAAAUGAAGUACUUCUGGGACAAAUGGAACUUGAUUAAUUUAGCCAUUAUCUUGUGCAGCUGCAGUGCACUUGGACUGUAUAUAAAACGGACUGUCCUUGGAACUCAAGUUAUGAAUGACUACUUGCAAAAUCAGGACAGGUUUGUAAAUUUCUACGACACUGCAAUUACAGACUCUGGUCUGGGAUAUGUGAUUGCUUUCCUAAUGUCGCUGGCAAUUGUUAAACUGUGGAAUCUGCUGCGUUUGAAUCCCAAGAUGCAUUUGAUUACUUCUUCACUACAGAGAGCCUGGAGUAAUCUCUUGGGACUUCUGGUCAUCUUGAUGGUGUUACUUAUUGCCUAUUCCUCUGUAUGUAACCUGGUGCUUGGUUUAAACCUAUCUUCGUACAGAACUUUCAGCACUGCAGUUAUAACACUUAUCCGUCUGCAGCUUGGAGCCUUCGACUAUAAUGAGGUGCUGAGAACUAACCCAUUCUUGGGUGCAAUCAUCAUCAGUACCUGUGUUAUCAUCAUGACCUUCAUUCUCGUCAACAUUUUUGUUUCUGCCUUACUUAUGUCCUUCAGUGAGGAACGGCAUCACCCAAUGCCUUUGGAAGAUGAAGUAAUUGACCUGUUGCUGAUGAAACUGUGCAACAUCAUUGGUAUUCAAAGAAAAGAGAAGGAAGAGCCACCAUCAAAUGGUGAAGAAUGGCAUCAGUCCAUGAAAGGGAAAAAUAGUCAACGUCUGUAAAAUUAGGAAGCGAGAAAGCUGAAGGAG